UCAUACUUUUGCAGUUCACUUUAUAUCUGCACUUUAUUUUGUUCUGAAUUCUUCUUCUCUGUUUCCUCCUUCCUUCCUUUCGUUUUCUUUUUCACAUGUGUUUGCUUUUCUACUUAGUUUCCUUUCUCCCUCGAAGUUCUUUCUCUGAAUAAGCUUCAACAAUGGCUGACAUUACACACCCGCCAAUGGAACAGCUUCAGGACCUCGAGUACUGCAUAGACUCCAAUCCUCCAUGGGUGGAAACUAUCCUAUUAGCAUUUCAAAAUUAUAUAUUGAUGCUUGGCACAAGUGUGAUGAUCCCUUCAAUGCUUGUUCCAGCUAUGGGAGGAAGUUCUGGUGACAAGGCACGAGUAAUACAGACACUGCUUUUUGUAGCCGGUAUUAACACACUUCUCCAAGCACUCUUUGGAACGAGACUUCCUGCUGUAGUUGGCGGCUCGUUUGCAUAUGUAAUUCCAAUUGCUUAUAUUAUUAGUGACUCGUCCUUGCAGCGAAUUAAUGAUCCUCAUGAAAGAUUUUUACAAACCAUGCGAGCUAUACAAGGAGCUCUAAUUGUGGCCUCUAGUAUUCAGAUAGUCCUCGGUUACAGCCAAAUAUGGGGUCUUUUCUCAAGAUUUUUCAGUCCUCUUGGCAUGGCACCUGUUGUUGGAUUGGUUGGAUUAGGGUUCAUUCAAAGAGGAUUUCCUGCGUUGGGGAACUGUGUAGAAAUCGGCAUACCAAUGCUGUUGUUGAUUGUUGGGUUGUCACAAUAUCUAAAGCAUGUGAGACUGUACAGAGACAUUCCUAUCUUUGAGCGUUUUCCUGUUUUGAUUUGUGUCACAAUUGUUUGGAUAUACUCUGUCAUCUUGACUGCCAGUGGAGCUUAUAGGCACAAAGCCACCAUAACACAGAACAGUUGUCGCACAGACAGAGCUAAUUUGAUAUCUACUGCACCAUGGUUCAUGUUACCAUAUCCUCUCCAAUGGGGUGCACCCACUUUUUCUGCUGCUCAUUCAUUUGCAAUGAUGUCUGCAGUUAUUGUAUCAAUGGUGGAGUCAACUGGUGCAUACAAGGCAGCAUCUCGUUUGGCAAUUGCUACUCCACCUCCUGCUUAUGUGUUGAGUAGAGGCAUUGGUUGGCAGGGGAUUGGUAUCUUGCUUGACGGUCUCUAUGGAACUGGAACAGGUUCCACUGUAUCUGUGGAAAAUGUGGGACUCCUUGGUCUAACCCGUGUUGGAAGUCGCAGAGUUGUUCAAAUUUCAGCUGGUUUUAUGAUAUUUUUUUCUACUUUAGGAAAGUUUGGAGCUGUGUUUGCAUCCAUUCCCUUCCCGAUAUUUGCUGCAAUAUAUUGUGUUGUGUUUGGCCUUGUUGCUGCAGUUGGCAUAUCAUUUCUUCAGUUCACAAACAUGAACUCUAUGAGAAACCUUAUUAUCACCGGGCUCACACUGUUCCUCGGAUUAUCCGUCCCUCAUUUUUUCAAUCAAUAUUGGACCAGUUCACACCACGGUCCUGUUCAUACUAAUGCUGGAUGGUUCAAUGCUUUCUUGAACACUGUAUUCUCGUCGCCGGCAACGGUAGGUUUGAUCGUGGCAGUGUUCCUUGACAACACUCUUGAGGUUGAGAGAUCGAAGAAGGACCGAGGAAUGCCGUGGUGGGUGAAGUUUAGAACAUUUAGAGGUGACAACAGAAACGAAGAAUUCUACACUUUGCCUUUUAAUCUCAACAGGUUCUUCCCUCCUACAUGAUGGAAAAUGAGAAGCAGCCAAGGUAGUUUAGGUUUUCUGAGUUGCACAUUCCAGAAUUCGUUAUGACUAACAAAUGCUGUUCUUCCUUUAUCAACACCUGAUUUUUUUGUUGACCAUCUAAAACCUUGGUCCAGCAGAAGAUUGUAAAGCAUUUGGGACUAUGCUGUGUAGAUUCAAUAAAGUAAACUUUUCUCAUGUGUUGGUACGA